AUGACUACGUAUACGAAUGAGGAACUGGCUGCCCGCUGGGCAGCUCACCUCGACAAGCAGAUGAUCGAGGUGCCGAACACGAAGAAGCCGGGCUUCUCGCCGAUUUACCGCAACGCGGCAUUCCCCAAUGACCCGCCGUCGAUGAGUGCCUAUGAUGCCUUCAUGAAGAGCACGACGCGCAACCCUGGUGCCAAGUGCCUGGGUCACCGUCCGUGGGACGAAAAGAAGGGCGACCUGGCGAACCACUUUGUCUGGCGCACGUACGCGGACGUGCAGACAGAGGCUACGGCGCUGGGUUCUGCCAUGACGAAGUUCUGUGAGGAUGGUCGGCUGUCUUCGCGCGACUCGUCGAAGGUGAGCGACGCUGGUAUGACCGAGUGGACGAUGGCGUACUGGGGUGCGAACCGCCCUGAGGCCUCGAUUGUGUCGCUGGCGCAGGUGGCCUACUCGCGUGUCUCGGUGUCGAUGUACGACAACUUUGACGCGACUGGCUCGUGCUACAUUUUGCAGCACAGUCAGACGCGUGUGCUCGUGUGCCCGUCGCAGUACGUCCCGAUUGUGAUGCGCAAUGCGGAGAAGCUGCCGGCGCUGCGCAUGAUCAUUCUGCUGGACCGCCCUGGUCCGUCGAAGCUCAUGCUGGGUGAGAUGAAGAAGGACCAGCUCGUGCGUGAGUGGGCGUCGCAGUUCAACAUCCAGAUCAUGGAGUACGCUGACGUGAUUGCGCUGGGUAUGAAGGACCUGCGUCCGCACGUCGUGAACAACUCGCCGGACGCGCUCUUCUCGCUGUGCUACACGAGUGGUACGACGGGUCUUCCGAAGGCUGUGCGCAUUACCAACAGUAACACGUCUGCUGCGCUGGAGGGUCUGCGCUGGAUCGUGGGUGAUAUGGAGAUGGUCACCAUCUCGUACCUGCCGUUGGCGCACAUUCUGGAGCGUGGCUGGGAGAUGUUCAUCAUGUACAUGGGUGGCUCGAUUGGCUACUUCUCUGGCAGCAUUGAGCGUCUGCCUGAGGAUCUGCAGAUCCUGAAGCCGACGAUGCUUCCAAGUGUCCCGCGUGUGCUGAACCGUAUUGCGGGUCAGAUUCAGGCGCAGAUGGACAGUCCUGGCCUGAAAGGCAAGCUGCUGACCAAGGCUGUGACGACCAAGCUGGCGAACUACGAGGCCACGGGCGCGAUUACGCAUGCGUUCUGGGACCGCCUGGUCUUCCGCAAGGUCCGUGCGAUGCUCGGUGGCCGUGUGCAGUUUGUGCUGACAGGCAGUGCGCCGUGCCGUAAGGACGUGCUGAAGCUGCUGCGUAUUGCGCUGUGUGUCGAUGUGCGUGAGGCGUACGGCCAGACGGAGAACUGUGCCUAUGCGACAUUCAUGGCGCCGAACGACCGCAACGUGGGCUGUGUCGGCCCGGUGAACCCUGGUGUGGAACUGCGUCUGCGUGACUGCCCUGAGCUGGGUUACACGUCAGACGACAAGCCGUUCCCGCGUGGUGAGAUUGUGCUGCGCAGUCUGAGUGUGUUUAGCGGCUACGAGGGCGAUGAGAAGAAGACCAAGGAGACGCUGCUGCCGGGCGACGACGGCAAGGGUGACUGGCUGCUCACCGGUGACGUCGGCCAGGUGGACCAGUGGGGCCGUGUGCAGAUCAUUGACCGUGUGAAGAACUUGGUCAAGCUGGCGCAGGGUGAAUAUAUCGCGAUUGAGAAGGUGGAGAGCAUCUUUGCGUCGCUGCCGCUGGUCCAGCAGGUGUGGCUCUACGGAGACUCGUACCAGCCGCACCUGGUCGCCAUGGCUGUGCCGGAGCCUGACACGUUUGCGUCGUUCGCGAGCACGGUGCUGGGCAAGACGGUGCGCUCGGAGGACCAAGCGGCGAUGGAAACGGCUGUCAACGAUCCGAAGGUGGUCGAGGCGGUGCUGCGUGAGUUUAUCAAGCUCGGCAAGCAGCAGGGCCUGGGCUCGCUGGAGCAGAUGCGUGCGCUGAAGCUGCGUCUCGACCCCUUCUCGCCGGAGAAUGGCCUGAUGACGCCCACGCUCAAGGUCAAGCGCCAGGAGGCUGCGAAGGUCCUCAAGGCCGACCUUGAUGAGCUGUACGCACGCACGCCGUACGACCUGAACUCGGUCAAGGCGGCCAAGCUGUAA